CUUCCGGUUUAAGCCGUCGCGUUUGUAGCGUUGUGGAUCGACAUAUUUUAUAUUUUAUGUGUCGUUACUUGUUACAGUAAACGAAAAGGAUCCCAUAUUUCCUUUCAGAUGGAUAUACUUAAAGCUGAGAUCGCAAGAAAGAGGAAACUGCUCGAAGAAAAAAAUCUUGUUGACGACUCCAAAAAAUUCUUUAAAAGGGCCGAUCUUGCUCAGAAGGAAAAAGAAGAUUACUUCAGAAGAUGUGGAUACAAGGUUCAGAGAGAGACUCCUGAGAGCCAGACUGAGCAGAAAGAGGAAGAUGAGCCAUCCACCUCAACUAAUCCAGUCUUAGAACUGGAGCUCACAGAAGAGAAGCUGCCAAUGACACUUUCACGACAGGAGGUUAUUCGACGGCUUAGAGAGCGAGGCGAACCAAUCCGAUUGUUUGGAGAGUCCGAUUAUGACGCCUUCCAGAGACUCAGGAAAAUUGAGAUUCUGGCCCCAGAAGUAAACAAGGGUCUGAGGAAUGAUCUGAAAGCAGCCAUGGACAAGAUUGACCAGCAGUACCUGAAUGAGCUUGUUGGAGGAACAGAGUCAGGGGAACUGGACACGCAACACGACUUAAAAGUGCACGAAGAAAACACCACAAUAGAAGAACUUGAGGCCCUAGGCUCUUGGAAAACUCUUGGCACAGGGGAUGAUGACGGAGACCAGGAUGUUAUCGCCAAAUUUUUGAGGUUUCUUCUUGGUGUUUGGGCCAAAGAUCUGAACAGCCGAGAAGACCACGUGAAGCGCAGCGUUCAGGGCAAGCUGGCCAGUGCAACACACUCGCAGACUGAGUCUUACCUCAAGCCUCUCUUCAGGAAACUCAGAAAGAAGAGUUUACCAGCUGACAUCAAAGAAUCAAUCACAGACAUCAUAAAAUUCAUGCUGGAGAGAGAAUAUGUCAAGGCAAAUGAUGCAUAUCUACAGAUGGCCAUUGGUAACGCUCCCUGGCCGAUUGGUGUGACUAUGGUCGGUAUCCAUGCCCGUACUGGACGAGAAAAGAUCUUCUCCAAGCAUGUGGCCCACGUUCUUAAUGAUGAGACACAGAGAAAAUACAUUCAGGGACUAAAGAGGCUAAUGACUAUCUGCCAGAAACACUUCUCUACUGAUCCAUCAAAGUGUGUGGAGUACAAUGCUCUUUAACUUGUUAUUUAAGGCUGCCUAUUUGUUGUAUCACAGUUCAGUGUUGGAAUUUUUUACACUGAACAAGUUAGGGGUUCUGUUGAUGGAAUUUUGGUUGUGGCAUAAUCUUCUUUAGUAAGGGAUUACUCUGGAAAAAUGUACAACUUAACCAAGACUGAGUUACGUACGGUCAGAAUUAUGCCAACUUUUAAGAACUUGUACCAGUGGAUCUCCUGUCCUUCCUUGUGAACUACUGGGAAAACCUAGAAUGUCAUUGUGACAGUGAACGUAAAUUUAUGUGGGUGAAGUCUAAUUUGCAGGAAACAUUAAAGUUAAGGUCAACAAAUUAUUUUCAUGCUAUGACAAGCAGUGUAAGUUUUAUUACAUCUGAGAUGAUAUGCAGCUUGCUGUAACUAUUGCAGAUUCUUUUCUAUGUACAUGCUAUAAGAACACAAUAAAAACAAUCACUGUGUCAUCAU